AUGGCAUCCCCCCAACGACCCCCAUCCACCUCCUCCUCCUCCCCAGCCCCGCCACCAGGCGCAGCGGCGACAGGGACGACAGCAAGCCCAGACAUCCCCUCAGACCAGGACUCCUCCCCCUCCCCCUCCACGCCGGACCUGCCCCUGACGAUGACGGCCUCGCUGGUGCUCACGCAGCUGCCCAGGGACGCGGCGACGGCGCUGGCCGAGGUGGGGACGACGUUCGGCGCCGGGCGCGACAAGGUCAUCGUGCGGUUCAAGCCCGUGGGCGGGAGCGCGCCGCCGAUGCCGCCCCGCCGCGAGCGCAGCACCAUCAGUGCCACCAGCCGGUUCGAGGCCGUCGUCGCGUACCUGCGGCGCACGCUCAAGGUCGCCGAGUCGGAUAGUUUGUUCCUCUAUGUCAACUCUACGUUUGCGCCGGCGCUGGAUGAGGUUGUUGGGAACCUGUGGCGGUGUUUCAAGGACUCGAAUGACCAGCUUAAUGUUGGGUACUCGAUGACGCCGGCCUUUGGAUGA